AUGUUUAGGGUUAGGGCUAGUUGUCUUCGUGUUGGGUUGGGUCAGGUUGUUGUUGGGUUAGGAGAAAUUCCCAUUCUUUCUGAUUAUGUAAGCCAGCGAGAUAGCAAUCGGGAGCUUCCCUGUGAAGGAUUGGCCUCAGUAGCAGGAGGAAUUGUAGCACUUGGAAAGUUUGAUGCUCUUCACGUUGGCCAUCGAGAGCUUGCUAUUCAAGCAUCAAAGUUUGGAGCCCCAUACCUUCUAUCAUUUGUGGGAAUGGCAGAAGUCCUUGGUUGGGAGCCAAGGGCGCCCAUAGUUGCCAAAUGCGACCGGAGUAGAGUUCUUUCUUCUUGGGCCCCAUACUGUGGCAAUCUGGUCCCAGCAGAGGUCCAAAUUGAUUUUUCGAGUGUUAGACAUCUCACCCCCCAGCAAUUUGUUGAGAAGUUAUUUAAGGAGCUUGGAGUAAGUGGAGUUGUGGCUGGGGAAAACUACAGAUUUGGAUAUAAAGCUGCUGGUGAUGCUUCAGAGCUGGUGAGGCUGUGUGAGAAGUAUGGUAUGGGGGCUUACAUUAUAAGUUCAGUCAUGGACAAGAAUCAAGAUCACAGAAGCAUGAACACAAGUGAUCUAAAAGAUAAAGGACAAGUCUCGUCCACCCGUGUUCGACAUGCUUUAGCUAUAGGGGAUAUGGAAUACGUGUCAGAACUUCUAGGUCGCCAUCAUCGUCUCAUAUUGAUGUUGAAAGACCAGAACGAACUUACUAAAACCAGCAGUGGAUGGAAGGUUUCUGCUCCAAAGUCUUAUCUCUUGAAUCUACCACCAAAGGAUGGUUUCUACGAAAACUGUUCUCUUUUUUUCGGUAAUAAGGAUCCAGUAACAUGUAGAGUAUUCAUUGAUACAAUGCAUGUCCAUUUAGAAACGAACGACACAGAUCCUUUCGAUUAUGAUACCGCUCAAGAGUUGCAUCUCAUGGGCAUUGAAUUUGGUGAUUCCAGACCUGACAGAGAUUAG